GUGUUUUGCGGAUAAUCGGCGAAUGUUUUUACGUUACUCCGCCAGGAUCGUCCUUUAAAGUCUGUGUUCCGUGCUUUUUCUUUCCUGGGAUUUUCAAACACGCCAUUUGUGUUCUGUGCUCUAAUAGAACAUAAUUUUCGCAAAGGUUUUUCUUUGCACGAUUUACUACCUUGACGAAAAAUUCGGAAAUUUUCUGGAUACAUAUAAUACAUGGAACAAUCGAACAGCCUUACCGUUGAAGUGUUUGUUUAUUAUGCUUUGAAAAUGUCAUGCAAUGACCGUUUAGAUUUGGGAUGAACAGAGUGAAUAGGUUAUUUUGUUUAAAUGUUUGUAGGUGUGGAUGUUUUAACUAAAUUCGAAAAAUGACUCAGGUGUUAAGUAAUAAAGUUAAAACUCUGUCGACGCACUCGCAUAAACUGACGCCUUAUUCCCUUUCAGCUGCCGAUCGACAGGGUUUAGUGUUCGAAAUCAUAUCGACCAGAAUUGCCGAAGAUAGUGAUAAAAAAUAUGUGAUAUACACUUUGCAAGUAAGAUUUAUUUCCGGCACUGACGAUCCAAACCCUUCGGUUAUUGAUAGGCGAUAUACCGACUUUUUAAACUUGUACAAUUCGUUAAAAAGAGAUUACCCGAGUCUGAUGGCUAACGUAACAUUUCCAAAGAAAGUUUUAACGGGCAAUUUCGACAGCGAACUCAUAUCACAGAGAAGCACUUAUUUCGAGUCCUUAUUAAAACAUGUAUGCGUCGAAAGUAAGUUAAGAACUUCUGCUCCAUUGACGAUAUUCAUGCAAGAACCCGAACUGACCAAAGCAAAGGAGUUGCUGGCCAAAUGCGAAUUCGACGCGGCUCAAAAAUUACUCGAGGAAAAUUUCAAACUACUAAACAAGGUAUUUUUGGACCGAUCGCCGGUGGUAUUGUUAGCACUGUGCCGCCUGGUAGGGUGUUCCGUUUUAAUACCGGGCAUGGUUAACGCCAAACGGUGGGCGGAAUUGGCUUUGUACAGGUACGAAGGGGUGAGCGAUAGCGAGCUUCUGGAAUUGUACUUACCGUUGCUCAACGCAUGCACAAAAAUAUGGUGGAUGGAGGGUGACAUGAAGACGGAUUUGGAGACUAGAUUGAAUAAUCUGCAACGGCGCGGGAUCAAAAUUAACAGCGACGUCAACCUGUUGGAGGCGAUCAACGAAGUUGAAAAAAAAUAUAUAAACUAAUUCCCAAAGAGUUAGAGGCGGGAGCAUUAUUAUACAUUGUUUAACCACCCUAACGCUAUUCAUAAAAAUUCUGUGUUGGUGUAUACAUUUUUUACAUUUGGCUUGUGAUAUAUUUUAUUGUAAUAUAAGUUGAUUAUUUAUACAUUUACUUAUUCUCCUUCUUUGGUGCAUAGAUAAACGCAAAGAUUCAACUUGGGUUGACCCAAAACACUAGACAUUUUACAGGAACUAUGGUGGAGCAUUGCACGCGGCGGUUUAACCUCCGUUCGUUCCCGACAGAAUCCCUUGUAUUCGUCCCCAAAAGUUUGAUAUCGGUUUCCACUGUGUGGAUUUAGUGUUUUGAGUGCUCAGUGUAUGUUUUAAAGUAAUAAUCGUCGUCGGCCCCGUCGUUUUUCCCUGUUCACGCCGGUAUGAGGGCCGGAUGGGCCCGGAUGGUCCGCGGUGGUAGCGGCGGGAAGCCGCCGGUCAAAAUCGUUUUUUUGCCAGCCGAGUAAAUUUUGGUUAUAUUUCUUCUUCGUACGUGUUGGU